AUGGCGGUCGAAGCUAUUCUUGUGAAAGCCUUGGGACUGAUCAUCGAGUUGACAGCACCUCCUGUCCUCCAAUAUCUGCGCCAAAUUUGGGGAGGAGUUGAUGGGGAGCUAGAGAAACUCAACAGGUAUUUACUCCAAAUCCAGCCUCUGGUUGAAGAUGCAGAGGAGAGGCAGCUCAUGGAUCAGACUGUCAAGUCUUGGCUGAUGCUGCUCAGAGAUGCUGCCUAUGAUGCUGAUGACAUUCUCGACAAGGCCAACACACAUGUCCUGCUCAUCCAGCGCAAGGCUGAGUUUUACGGUCCCCUGAAAAGCAAGGUGCGUGACUUUUUCUCUCUUGAUCAUAACCCACUCCUGUUUCAACUUCAGUUGGGGCACAAGCUUAGAAGCAUCAACCGAAGAAUAGAUGGUAUCAUAGAAGAGAUGCACAAGUUCAAUUUUAAGGUUGCAGACAACAACAAUAACAACAACAGACCUUGGAGGAAUAGGCCACCAACACAUUCAUAUGUACCUAAUUCAGAAGUGAUUGGCAGAGAUGAAGAUAAAGAGAAAAUGGUGGAGAUUCUGAUCCAUGAUCAUUUUGAGGAGAAAGUGGCAGUGGUUUCCAUUGUAGGUAUGGGCGGUUUAGGCAAGACAACACUUGCUCAGUUGGUCUACGGAGAUAAGAAUGUGGAGAGACACUUCCAAAUGCGCAUAUGGGUAUGUGUCUCUGAUGAUUUUGAUGUGGCAAAGCUUGCUAGAGACAUCGUGCUCACCGCCUCUGAGAAAUCUUAUGUGGAUACAAACAUGGAGUUGUUACAGCGGGAUCUACGGAAAGUCCUGGGGUAUAAGAGGUAUCUGCUUGUCUUAGAUGAUGUGUGGAAUGAAAGAUCACAUGAAGUGGGAUGCACUUAG